AUGACGGUUGUAGCGCAGAAAGAACCCUACUUCGGGCUCAAGGGCAAAUGGCUCACCUUCUGGAUUACGGUUGCUUGCGCAACAGACAUGACCUUGUUCGGUUAUGAUCAAGGUUUAUUCAGCGGGGUUGUGAUUACCAAAGACUUCCUGGAUGUUCUUGACCUCGCUGGCCCAACCAAAACCAAGACACCCUCUACGGUCACAGCUAUUUACGACAUAGGCUGUUUCCUGGGUGCUAUAUUUGCUUUCACCAUCGGGGAGCACAUUGGUCGAAAAAGGGCCAUUCUGCUGGGAACAACCAUCAUGGCUAUCGGAACGAUUUUGCAAGCGUCCGCCUUUGACCUAACCCAGAUGUUCGUUGGCCGUGUUGUAUCUGGUAUCGGCAACGGCAUGAAUACCGCAACUGCCCCGGUCUGGCAAACAGAAACAUCAAAAUUGGAAAACCGUGGCAAACUGGUGACUUUUGAAAUGAUGAUGAACAUCGGUGGCUACCUGAUUGUCUGCUGGAUCAAUUAUGGACUGGGUUUCAUCGGAGGUCCAAUUGCCUGGCGUCUGCCCAUUGCUCUUCAGGCUGUCUUCUUGAUCAUUCUUUACUGCACAGUUCCAUGGCUUCCAGAGUCCCCUCGUUGGCUUCUUGCUCAUGGCAAAGACGACGAAGCAAUCCAGGUCAUUGCCUGCCUCGAGGACAAGCCCCUGCAUGACCCCCAUGUCAUCGCCCAGUGUAACGAGAUCGAAUUCACCCUGGCCUAUGAGCAUAAAAAUGCUAUCCGCUGGCGCGACUUGUUCAAGGAAAACGAGAAUGAUACCAAGACCCUCCGCCGUCUGCUCUUGGGUGCUGGUACUCAGUUCAUGCAGCAGAUGGGAGGUAUCAAUAUCAUGUCUUACUACCUCCCCACGGUGUUAGAGACAUCGGUUGGUCUUGAUAGCCACAUGGCGAGUCUUUUGACCGCGUGUGAUGCGAUCUCGUACAUGGUCUUUGCGGGUUUCGCGGUGUUGCUAGUCGAGCGGAUCGGUCGCCGUGGCCUGAUGCUUAUAUCGACUCUUGGACAGUGUCUUUGCUUCUUGAUGAUCACGAUCUUGUUGAAAUAUGCUCAGACUGCUCCGGACGGUGUGGUUUACGGCAAGGCGUCUGUGGUAUUCUUCUUUCUGUACAUGGGCUCCUUUGGUAUUGGAAUGCUAGGAGUUCCUUGGUUGUACCCGACAGAAAUCAACUCCUUGCCCAUGAGAACCAAGGGUGCUGCCGUGGCCACCGCGACGGAUUGGCUCACCAAUUUCAUCAUUGUCCAGAUCACCCCCAUCGGUAUUCAGAAUAUUGGUUGGAAAUUCUGGAUCGUGUGGAUCAUUACCAACGCGGCCUUCCUCCCCAUUCUAUACUUCUUUUAUCCCGAGACAGCCAAUCGAAGUCUGGAAGAUAUCGAUAUGUACUACCGGCAAAACCCGCCGCUCAUCGUCACCGGAGAUCCCGACGCGAUUUCCAGGGGCCGUCCCCAGAAGUACAUUGAUCACGAAGAUGCAGAAGUUCAGAAAACGGCUGCUGGCAAGGCGUUCGUGGAGCGAGUGUCCGCGGAGUAUCUUGAAUGGACUGUAAAGAAAUAA